AUGAGCUCGCAGGUGACAGUGGUCGAUGUCAAUAGGGCCUCUGAGCUCCUCAUUCCCACCAUCCUGACCACAAUCGUUGCUUUUAUUGUGACUGCGCUUCGAAUCUAUGUGCGCUUACGACUUAUUAAGUUGCUGGACUGGGAUGAUUUCUUCAAUGUGCUAGCCAUGGCUACUACAUUCGUAGUAAUGGGUUUAGUCAUUGGCGGCACAUCCAAUGGAAUAGGACGACACAUUCAGUUCCUAGAGAACGAUAUACACGCCGCGACGUAUAGUAUCAUGCUCAUGCGAAUCGCUGAGUUUAUGUUGAUCAUCUCCACUGUCUUUGUGAAGAUCUCGAUUAGCUUGUUCCUGAAACGUCUCUUUCCUACCAGCAAACGAUGGAAGGCUUUCUUCUGGGCCUUUAUUGUGUUUAACACUCUUACAAGUCUGAUCGACGCCGCCGUCAUCUUCCCGCAAUGCACCCCCGUUGCAUUGAACUGGGACAAAACGAUUGAAGGGCAUUGCUGGUCGGAUACUGCCAUCAAUGCGCUUGGAAUCGCGCAGGGAACAAUUGCUGCCGCGACCGACUUCGUUCUUUCGAUUCUGCCAAUCGUGUUUCUCUGGAAUAUCAAGAUUAUCUGGAGAGUGAAGAUUGGUGUUUGUGCUAUUAUGGCCUUGGGUUUUGCGAGCGGAGGGUUUGCCCUUGCGCGUACUGUUUUGGUUCCUAGUUUGACUGCAACCCAUGACCCGACCUGGGAUCUAGUUCCGCUCUUCAAGUGGGCAGUACUUGAAGCAACAUUCGGCGUUAUCGCAGCAGCGGCACCCUCCGUCCGUCCUUUACUCGGCCACAACUCCGUCACAGAAUCCUACUCGAAAUCGAACUCGCGAUCGCACUCCGUUCCACUCAACACCAUGUCUCGCUCCGGGCAGAGGUCGCGCCAUCGUUCCUGGCUGGGAUCACAACGCGAUCAGAUGCAGGAGCUGCCUGACGAAGAGCCUGGGUCGGAUGGUAGCAGCCAGAAGAAGUUGUGGGAGAGCAAGACACACGGUAUUGUGAAGACGACCGAUGUGUCGGUCUUUCACUCGAGUCGCGAAGGGGGAACAGACCGGUCGAGUGAUGAGAUGCUGGUGUCGGACGCAGUGGUAUACCCAAAGCAGAGUCGUUAG